CAAGAACGUCCUUAUCUUUCUCCAAUCCAAACUUGAUUUCCAGGAAGCUCUGUUUCAUUUCAACUUGUGCUACCAUACGGACUAUAUCUCAGGCAAUAAACAAAUUCCAGUUCUUGAUGCCCGAUCUUGUUUUUUUUUCUGGGAUAAACAAGGAUGGAGAUUCCGAGGUUAUGUUUAUGUAUCCUAAUAAUGGGUUUAUGGGAAGUGUUUCCAGCAGGUUGUAGGGGAAGCCGUAUUCCGGCGGCGGCUCUGUUCAUAUUGGGAGAUUCUCUUUUUGAUGCCGGCAACAACAACUACCUUAAACGCCCAAUCGGCCGAGCUAAUUUCUGGCCCUACGGGGAAACUUUCUUCAAGCAUCCCACCGGAAGAUUCACUGACGGUCGUAUUAUCCCUGAUUUUAUUGCCGAGCAUAUGAAGCUUCCGUUUGUUCCCCCUUUACUGCAACCUGCUGCUGUGGGGGGAAAAGAUUUGACGGUUGGCGUUAAUUUUGCAUCAGGAGGCACCGGCGCUUUGGUUAAUACUUAUCAAGGAAGGGUUGUAGAGCUUCUAACUCAACUCAAGUACUUCAAAGAUGUGAAAAAACAUUUGAGAAAGAAGCAUGGCAGUUCAAAAACAACAAAAUUGUUGUCGAAAUCCGUUUACAUGUUCAGCAUUGGAGGCAAUGACUACUUGGUUCCAUUUGUUGCCAAUGGGAAAUCCCAAAUGCUACAAUUCUACAGUAAAAAGGAGUAUGUUUCUAUGGUCAUCGGCAACCUCACCACCGUACUUAGAGGAAUAUAUUAUGAGGGUGGAAGGAAGUUUGUGACGAUAACGGUCCCGCCAUUAGGCCGUUUGCCCUACACUAGAGGGUACAAUAAUGGUAAUAGGACAUCCGAACUAACAGAGCUUGCGAGGCUUCACAACAAGGCACUCCCAAAAGCCCUCGAAAAACUUCAAAAUGAGCUGAAAGAUUUCAAGUAUAUAACUUUUGAUUUCUACUCUGUACUUGGUGACAUAAUCAGCCAUCCCACAAAAUAUGGGUUGAGGGACGCGACGGAAGGGUGCUGUGGGUCGGGGCUGUACCGGGGAGUGUUGAACUGCGGAGGAGAUGGGUACCAGUUAUGCAAAGAUGUUAGGGGUCAUGUGUUCUUUGAUGGGGCUCAUGCCAAUGAAAAUGUGUAUGAACAAUGUGCAGAGUUGAUGUGGAGUGGAGAUUCAGAUGUCAUUUGGCCUUACAAUCUCAAAACACUGGUGCAAGCUUAGUUUUUUGUGACCUGCGAAAUCAUCUUUUUGCAACCCAAAUACUCGUUUAUUUGAUCUUCCCACUUGAUGAUUUGAUGCAAAUAAAACGUGGAAAAAUUGUUUGAAAAUAUAAGUUUAUACACAAAAAUGAGUGCCAAAUUAAAGUAUUGGAGUAAUAAUAAUAUUACUCGAAU